AUGACUUCGAUCAAUCAAGCUAUUCCCUUAAAGGAGAAACCAUCAAUGUUAUACUCACUCGAAGAGAAUGACGAAACCAAUAUAUUUACGGGUCCUUCAAAUUUCACAAAAACUUCCUCAAAACUUGUGUCUUCAUUCACUUCCAAAUUAACCCUUGAUGAUGUAGAUAUGAUUGGGUUGUGGACAAAAUAUGAUACCCAAAUGUUUAACGGUUCUCCCCUUUUUAUGCCCGAAGAAGAAGAAAGAAUCAAUGUUAACGGUAACUAUUUCAAGGAUAAUGAUUAUGAUUCUGAAGGGCAUAUAGAUGAUCAAAGAUUUCAUGAAGGUUCUGUCAGCAAUUUUUUUCGAAAGGGAAACACAGCUAAAUUGGAAAAAGAUCUACAUGCCCUAAUUCAAUAUGUCUCUGACCUAAGGGAAAAAUAUACAGGAUUCACUUGGGACAAUUUGAAGCAUAUUGUCUCACCCAACGAAUUUCAAAAUGAUAAUGCUAUUAUCCCAUUUCUACCUGAAAUACCAAGUAUGGAAGAGUUUGAAAAUGAUUGUAAAAAAUUUAGUGAUAAAAUAGAUGAGUUUUCCUCUGGGAUAAAGGCACAAUACAUUGAAAAAAAAGUUUACUAUUUAAUUGAUAAGUUUGCCUUAUUCCAAAACUUAAGGUGCAAAGAAGAAAAUUUGCAAUCGAAGCUUGUACCACAUAGAGAUUUUUAUAAUGUUUUUAAAACGGAUGUAAACUUGCUAUUUAAUGGGUGCUUUUCUCAACAACAACUCAAUAACUUCAUAUGGUUAAAAAUUCAGCAAGAACCAGACAGAGUAGUGUUGGAAAAUGGACAAAAAUUGAUCGAAAUUAUUAAUGAGGGCAAAAGAACAGCUGAUUUGGGCCUAAAGAUAGUCGAUGACGAAUUUCUGGAAUGGUAUCAAUAUGAUUAUCUGCCCAACCAUAUUAAUAUUAACGAUAAUGAUAGAAUUAAAUUUUAUCAAAACAUCGUUCAUGUAUUUUUAGAUCAUGACAAUUUUAUCGGCGGUGAAUAUUUGGCUGGAUUGUUGGAUUCACAAGUUUUCAGUAAUAGAUCAGAACAUCAGGUUUUUUGGUUAAGCAUUGAUUUUGUACCCAAAAAUAGUGACUGGUGGGAUACUUUAAAUGAGUGGGUAAACAAGUAUGAUGAACUUUCUAGGGAUAAAGUGGAUUGGAAUUUAAGAAUAUAUCGUAACUAUCCUUUGCUUUUCGCUAAAGGCAUGGUAAAAAAUUUUAAAGAAUAUUUAGAUUUAUUGUUUGAGCCACUAUUAAAAACCCCUUCAAAAUAUAAGAAUCUACUAAGCAAGUUUAAAUGUUUUGAUAUAAUUUGCCUGCAUCGAGACAAAUAUUUGAGACAAAAUUUUGAACUUUUGUCAACAACUUCUCCUGAAAGUUGGGAUUUUGGCGAUAAUCCGUCGAUUGCGUACUACAUGUACCAUAUAUAUGUGAAAGUAAAUCAAAUAAAUAAAAUAUUACACCCGUUGGCAAAUAUAAAGUUAAGGAACAACUGUGCUCCACACAAUACCGAAAGAAUAUCGCAAUUCGGUAAAAUAGGCAAUACUAUAUACCGUGAGUCAAUUAUGUGCAAUUUACUCUUGGGUACAAGCCAACAAUUAUUAUCGGCAGAGAGGUUGUGGUCUAGCCCCCUUUUCACGUAUUUAUAUUAUAUUUUCCAGAUCGGAUGUGUUUUUUCACCAUUGAGUACUGUUUCCAGGUUUUAUGGUGGUGCCACUUAUAUGCUUGGUAAAAAAGAUGGCAUUUCUAAUCAUCACGUUAACGUGCUGACUAAUGAUAUUUCAUAUGAAAAGGCAAGUGAUUACAAGUACAAGGGAAACCCCUUUAUGUUAAUGCACGAGAUGGGAAUUGUAGUUUCAUUAAGCAGUCAUUCUGUUUUUUUAAAUUGUUCAUAUACACAUGACCCAUUAUUGGAAGAAUACGGGGUUGCUGCAAGCAUUUAUUUGUUAUCUAGUUGUGACAUUUGUGAAUUGGCCUUGAAUAGUGUAAGAUCAUCGUCAAAUGAGAGAAAUAUGUGGGUUGAUGAAAGUUCUGUGCAUAAUGUUCCUCAAAUAAGAAGAUCUUAUCGGAUUUAUACAUGGAAAAAAGAAGUUGAACCAAUUUUAUAUUAG